AUGGCCACUGGACAUGGCGAACAGAGGGCUAUCCACCCCUUCUUUCGCAAAGGUCGUUCCCCUGUUCAUUUCGGAGUAGCACCCGACCCAAUUAUCCAUAACCCCGUCAAUGAUGCUGCCGCGCAGCCCCAACUAUCUCACGGCGACAGUGCCCGGCCUAUCUCAGAAAUCAACAACCCUCUCAAUUCCUCCGAAUCUUGCGACACAUCCCGCAUCCACUCGUUAGCUAUGCUCGAUCAUGAUCCAAAUUCCGAACGAAGGAAACGAAGGAAGACAGACAAAGAUGACCCGGCAGAGACGACACAGGUUACGGUCAAUCCGUCCUCAACCAAGCCUGAAUCCGGGGAGUCACAGCCUGAGACACCGACCAGUCCGGAAAUUGAAAACCCUCCACUCAGCAAUCCUCAGGUCGUAAUUGCGUCAGGGGAGAGAAGGUUGCCCAGGCAGAAGACAAUUAAAUUGAAUGCCAAUGGGAAAUUAUUGUCAUCGCCGGUGUCUGCUAAGGUUGAGGACAAUCCGAGAAAGGGGAGGAAGAAUAAACGCGGCAAAGCAGCUGACCAAAAGGCUCAGCCUCUUGGGAGCAAGGUUGUCAUCAUUAAGUACAAUGUGGAAGCGAAUUCGGAGAAUAGGCUUGCCCAGCUCAUAGACGACAUUAUCAGUGGUCGGAAGAAACACAUCGCAGCCACAAAGCCUCUCCAACAGACCGCGGUACCUUCUAUACCUAAACAGGAGCAGUCUGCUAAAGCAACCCAUCCGUUCUUCCUGAAGAAGUCCUCUCAAAAGGCGAAUCACUGCAACACUCAGACAGACGCUCAUGAGGCAACCCCCCCGAACUCCCAACGAAAAGACACUAAGCAAGUCGACUCGUCGCCGAGAUUCCCUCUCAAAUCUAGCUCAAGCUUUUUAGGAUCAUCAACACCAACUUCAUUCGCUAAGCGGCCUAGAUACCCCGAACUCGCGCACCCAAUCUGGCCACCUCAUGGCCUCACACACGUCAGGGGCACACCAGACGAUCUCGAAUCCUACAGCCUCAAUGAUGACAUGAGGGGCCUAGGUCCGAAGAAGUCCAAAACUGCUGCGAUCAAUGUCCCCGAUGACGAAAAUGUCCUCUUACUUCGGCUACCCAAGAACCCCUCCGCUGCGUCAGGAAUACUGAGAAUACCUGGAAGACACGUUGCCAGUGGGAAGAUCUUGCAAUGCGCCGUCACCAGACAACUCUCCGAACAAGCUUCAUCUGUACGAACGAAGAAGAGUACUCUGAAUAAGACUUGUCACGCUGCCCUCGCCAAACUCCACGCUUCGCUCACCAGUUCCAUCUGGACUCAAAAAUACGCUCCCCAAUCUGCAGAGCAGGUUCUCCAAGCCACGAGGGAAGUCUUUAUGCUGCGCGAUUGGCUGCAGUAUCUCAAGGUCACCGCGGUCGACACAGGCAAACCACCAAAAGACGAUGCGGCGGCGGCGAAAAAGAAGACGGAGGAGAGGAAGCGCAAGAAGCGCAAGAAGGACAAGCUGGACGGCUUUAUUGUAUCCAGUGAAGAGGAAGCCUCCGAGAUGGACGAAAUUUCUGGCUCGGAUGAUGAACUCGCUGCGGACAUGACCACCAAAAAGACCGUCGUUCGUGCUGGUGACAUGGCGCUAGGUUCAAAAUCUGGGACCGAGAAAACCCGCAUGUCCAAUACGGCAUCGAUUCAUGCAGUAGCCAAGGAGCUGGACUUUGAGGUGUUCGAAAUCAACCCGGGAAAUCGCCGGAGCGCCAAGGACAUCCUGGACCGUGUAGGUGACAUGACACGCAACCAUCUGGUCAAUCACCACCACACCGAUGACAUGGACCCGAAACAGAAUAAACUCAAAGGGUUCUUCCAGUCAACAUCAACUGUCAAGUCAGGGGCCAAGCCGGCACCCGAACCAAAAUCCUCAACACAAGAGUCAGAGACGAAACGUUCUCGCAGCCAGAAGCAAUCCUUCAUUUUUCUGGAGGAGGCAGACAUCCUUUUCGAAGAAGACAAGGGAUUCUGGUCCGGGGUGAUGACGCUAAUCAGCCAAUCGAAACGGCCAAUCAUCAUCACCUGCAACAACGAGAAACUUCUUCCACUCCAAGACAUCUCCUUUCAUGCCAUACUUCGCUACCGACCUCCUCCAAAAGGCCACAUGCUUAAACGAGGAGCGGCCGAGAGCCUCUACGACAGCACAGGUCGGGAUCUCCGGCGAUCUAUCAUGGAGUUGGAUUUCUGGUGCCAGAUGACGAUCGGCAGCGAGAAGUCCGGCCUUGACUGGAUCCUUGAUCGCUGGCCGCGGGGGUUGGACCUUGAUCCGAACGGUGACCCUCUUCGGGUGCUGAGUCUUAAUGCAUACGAGCCAUUCAUGGGCUGGUUUGGGCGCGACAUGCUGCAAAGUCACGGACCAGACAGUGAGGUUGAACCUCGACUAGAGUCACUUGCAUGGUGGCGGCUUAGCAUGCAGGAAACACAGACCAUGAACACUGUCAGGCAGUCUGAUUCGUAUCAUUCGGGCACGAAACAGGUGAAUGCGAUAUCCAACGCUGAUCAUCUAGAAACAUUAUUGCAAAAGUCCAAAUUUGCCGAUUUACAAAGUGACCUUGACCUUCUCUGCUCCCGCUGCUCACUUGACAUGAAGCUGGACACUAUGGAUCCCUCAAUCCCUCCAUUACCGGAAAAGCAAAGGACAAACUACACGGAAGGUUAUCAAUUGCUCUCCGCCGAUAUCAUGCCGGAGUACACAGCAAUGCCGGCGGCCAUGGGCUGCACCUUCGAGACUUUACUAGAGAAGACUUUCCCGCAUGAAUAUCAAAAGGACAAGCAGUCUCCUAAUAUGAAAGCCUCGGAUAAGAAGACUCCAGAUCGUGAAUCGGAGUAUGGCGCAAUGGUCCUGCAAAAAGUGAAUAACCCCCCCAGUGCUGGUCUUGGCCGUGCUGAAUUCAAUGCGGCCUUCGAGCCUAUGACACGAGCGGAUUACAUCUUCCCCAUACCCACUGGCCGCUUGGCACCUUCAUUUGAAAACGGAAUGCGUCCCAUCGCUGAGGAUCUAGGACCGUAUAUCCGAGGAAUCAUGGCCUAUGAUCUCCGCUUGGCACACCGUCGGCUACAGCUGGGUGAAAUUCUCUCCAGCGAUGGGAAAGGGGCCAAGCGCACACGACAGACCCGAGCCAGUCGAGCAGCGCUUGAGGGGGGUGACAAAGCAUAUACUCGGAAGGAGAGAUGGUUUCCAUCGGAUGCCAAUCCGUCGCUGGUGUUCGCGACGGGCAAGCAGGAAUGGCAGGAAAUCCUGGCACGGAAGGGCUACUUUGUUGUAUCGCCUCUUGGGGAAGGUCAGGAUUCGGCGCUGGGUAAUUCCGCGCAGAGAUCCAAGUCCUCCCUUUUCGCAGACGAGCCGUCCUUUGGUGGGAACACAGGAAAUGCGGGUUCCUCCUCCCUCUUCGCCGACGACGAGGGGCUGAACUCCGGCUCGCUCUGGGGCAACAGUGUCAACAAACGGACGAAACACCAAAUUGUGAAGACUCUUCUUCCGCAAGAUGAGGUUCCUGACAGCUAUAUCGAUGCGUACGAUCUGGUGAUCAGUGAGGGGGAUCGCGUGGGCAGUGGUGUGGGCCUGACGUCCGUCCGUGAAAUCCUAUCGAGCAGCGGACUCAGUGCCAGCGAUCAGGAGAAAAUCCUGAAUUUGGUUGUCUCGGGCGAUAUAGACAGCUCCACUGGCCUAGGACGUGGCGAGUUCAGCGUGCUUCUGGCCCUCGUGGGCCUAGCGCAGGAAGGGGAGGACCUGACAUUCGAUGCGGUUGACGAUCGACGCAAGAAGCUCCCGCAGCCCAGGUGCUCUUAUUUCGACGCAUUGCGCGCUAAACACGAAACUGCUACAUCGGGGCAGUCGUCGCAACAAGACCGUCCCACUACGCCUCCUGCCCCUGCCACCCCGCCGCCAGAGCCAAGCUCAACUCAUUCGCGACAGUCCGCCCGUGGGUCCAUGGGCAGCUUUGAAGCCGAUCCGUGGGGAAGCCCUCAGCUGCAUCGAGGACACGCCCAUGCCCAAACCGAAUCCGAACACCCCGUUCUCAAUGGUUAUGGCAGCGUACGAUCCGGGACCAAUGCAUGGGCUAGCAGAGCCAGUGAUACCAGCGGCCCGCAGGAUGCGCCAGAGAAUCCCCAUCCCAAUGGAGGGGCGGGCUUGGGUCCUUCUGCUAACCCUGGCUUUGGAUGGGGAGACAACAUUGGAAAUACCUCGGAUGGACAUGGACUGGGAGGGCCGGUCCGAGCUGGACUUGGAGGCUUUGGCCCACCCGGGAGCGACCAAGGCGACUCCAAUCCCCGUCGCCGGUCCUUAGGCAUCGGUAGAGUUACGAAUACCCGUAUGGAGGAGGUGAUCACGAUCACCCUGCUUCCAGAAAAGGAAGGCAUGUUCAUGUUCCAGCAUCGCAAUUAUGAAGUUAAGUCUGCCCGCAGAGGGAGCACCGUGGUUCGACGGUACAGUGACUUCGUGUGGCUCCUGGACUGCCUCCACAAACGCUAUCCGUUCCGCCAAUUGCCACUGCUGCCCCCCAAGAGGAUUUCAGUCAAUGGCACUCACCUUUCAGCGGACUCCAAUUCCUUCCUGGAAAAACGUCGUAGGGGACUUGUACGAUUCACGAAUGCGCUCGUUCGGCAUCCGGUCUUGAGCCAGGAGCAAUUGGUGGUUAUGUUCUUGACGGUUCCGACAGAACUUUCGGUGUGGCGGAAACAGGCGACCAUUUCAGUGCAGGACGAAUUUGCGGGCCGAGCCCUACCCCCCGAUCUUGAAGACUCGCUCCCCUCCAAUUUAAUAGACCUGUUCGAUACGGUCCGCGGUGGAGUCAAACGGUCGGCAGAGGUGUACAUCAACCUGUGCACGCUGUUGGAGCGGUUAGCGAAGCGCAACGAGGGGCUUGCUGCCGAUCACCUGCGGUUCUCCCUGGCGCUGCAGUCGCUGACCGAGGUGACACGCGACACCUACGCAGUGGAUACGAACGAUGUGCCGUUGCUCAACGAGGGAAUCAAGGCCACGGCACGGCAUCUGUCGGCAAGCCAGAGUCUGCUGGAGGACGAGGCUCGGGCUUGGGAGGAUGGGAUGCUGGAGGACCUCAAGCGCCAACGCGACUGUCUGGUCAGUGUGCGAGAGAUGUUUGAUCGGCGGGACCGAUAUGCUCGUAACAACAUCCCCCAAUUGGAGCGUCGCAUUGAGAACAACGAGCGCAAGCUGCAGGAGCUGCGGGCCCGGCCCCAGAACACGGACAAGGAAUCGAUUGUGCAACAACACGCACGUGGGGUGUUUAUCAAGGAGUGCAUUCGGGACGAACUCGUGUUUUUCCAGCAAAGUCAGUAUCACAUCAGCCGGCUGCAUCAAGAUUGGAGUCAGGAGCGGGUCAAGUACUCGGAGCUGCAGGCGGACAACUGGCGGUCACUCAGCGAUCAAGUGGAGGGCAUGCCGUUAGGGGACUGA